CCGCAGACUUGCUGCUGCAGUAGAGCGGUGUGUUAACCUGACCCUCAUAACAGCGCUAGAAACAUCCACUUUCUACAAGGCUUUACUUCAUUUACGAAUGGUGAACUAUUCUGUCGAGUUUUUAUCGAACAGUAAUAUUUUUAGUUGUCAAAAAGGACCGAAAGACCCGUGUUUCCUCGAAGCUAUCAUGCUGAACACAGAGGAAAGUUCCUGGUUAUCGGGGUCUCGGCUUUCCAGCUCAAUCCCUCAGUCUCCGGGGCCUCAGUGGUGCUCCGAUGCCCCUCACCCACAAUUAAAGAUCCCGGGUGGGCGAGGGACUGCGAGGGAUCACUCCGUCGGCGUGCAGCUCCACAAGGAUGAGAAGUUGACAGUAACACAGGCCACUGCAGCGAGUGGGACCCCCUCUUUUCUACGCUUCCAGUACCAGCUGAAUGAGCGCCGCUCGGCCUCCUGGGAUACGUUUCUAUCGAGAGACUGCCUCUUCCUGGAGGUCCCUGCCGGGGCGCUGGUGGACGGCAGCAAAGAGGGGCUAACUGCUCUGCUUGAGUUUGUGGAGGAGAAGCUGAAAGUUAACUACGUGUUCCUGUGGUUCCAUAAAAAGAGAGAGGAUCGAUCGACCAUCUUCAGGACGUUCCACUUCAUGGGCUUUGAGAUGGUGAAGCCGGGACACCCCAUGGUACCGGCCCGGCCCGAUCUGGCUUUCAUGGUUUACUCUCUGGACAACAGCAGCUCAGACGAGGAGUGACUGUCGCCGUGACAACCUCCUCCUCCUCCUCCCCCUCCUCCCCCUCCCUCCCAGAGGAGAUCUGCAGAUUGGAUUCACAGGGAGCGACAGAUUGAACUAAACCAUCAGGUGCAUCUUGGGAUUUGGCUAUUUCUUUAUUUCUCCCGCCGCGUGGCUCCUCUCUUGGCCACGUUAUAUAUUUUCGCUGCCAUCAAGAAAACAGUUUGGUAUUCGGGAGAAGGCGUGUUUUACAUUAAAAUGCAGCAUAUCUCUCCAGACAGCUUCCGCUUUGAGAAAAGAGACUUUGUGUGCGCUAUAUCAUGCAAGCUGUGUUUGGUAGGGAUGCAAAGAGGGAAUGGUGGUGUAUGGUAUGUUCAAUAAAAUGUUGUUUCACUUUAUACAAAAGAUGGGUGACAGCCUGAUUUGAUGCAUUCGACAUUAUAGCCCAUGUAAGCAUUACUCUACUCUUCCUCCUGACUCAUCAUCAUCAUUCCAGCACCUGUUAAGCUCUGUAGCCACACGUGGAGAAACCCUGUUAUUCUAAGGGUGUAAAAAGCAGCCUCUUUGUUGAGAUGUCACACCAGGCUGGCUGUCAGCUCGUGGAGGUCAACCACCUUCCUCCUCUUCCUCUUCCUCCUCUUGGUGAUAAUCAACCUGUCACUCAGACGGGAGGAAGAGCAGAGCGGCCUCACUGUGGUCACACACAGAAACCACUGCUUCGAGUCACUUUGUUUUUUUUCAAAGACUGUCAUCUUAAUAAUUGUUGGUGUAAGAGGGUCCGGUUUAAAGAGAAGCUCCACUUUGCAUUUAAAUGUACACAUCAUGUUUUAAUCCUGUGCAGCCCCAGCUUGGUGCCUCGUGUAUUUUCAUUACGUCACAUUCAGAGUUAAACAUCAGCUGUAUGAAUCUGGAUGGGGAAAAAAACACGUUAAGAAACAUUUUUCAAGCUGCGACUUAAUUUCUUAUCGAUGUAGUGAAAGCAGGAAUUACAUACAAGUUCUUUAUGUUCUGUACAACACAUCAAUUUAGGAUCCACCAAGACACACACUGGGGCUUCCUUCAGCGAGUAGAGUCAAAGCAGUCAACGCUCGAUUGAAACGAGUGCAGUGUUCAUAUUUUAUACUUCAGAGUCUAAUUGAGGAAUGUGUCUAUUUUCCAUAUUUCAUCCCAUGCUGAUUCAGACCCGCGCUAUAAUGUGAGGAAAGGAGCUCAUUGUAGAGGUACAACAGAAGCCGGUGAAUACCCUAUAUGCAAUAAGAGUCAAAAUAAAAAACGCCAAAGAAUCCACCCUGUCUGUAAAAAGCUGGUUCAAUAGUCAGCGGAUGUAAGCCUAUGGUAUGUAAAGCAAUAUUAAGUACAUUCCCCAUGCCUCAGAGUAGUCUCUUCCAUAUUGGUGUUAGGAUGGGGGGGGGGUUUAUUCUUCCGCAUGUCUUCACUUCAUAGUCUUCAUUGCUACUGAUUGAGCCCCUGACUAUAAGCUGUUAGGAAAUGUCAAUAAAUGAGUUUUCUCAGAGGUAUAUUUGUAUGUAUGUAUAUUUCUCUAAUGUUUACUGUGAUAGAAUAGGGAUUUAUUGUGUGUCCUCAGUGACCUAGCUAGCCACCAUUUAAUGACAAUCCACUCUUGUAUACUCUGGAUUUCUUUGUCUUGGGGGAAAAACAAUAAAAAUGUUUAUCUUAAUAA